AUGGCGCAGCGGCAGCGCCGGUGCUUCUCCUCUGCCUCCCGCGCGACGACUGCGCACAGCACUGAUACGGGAAAGGGUAACUACUUUCAAUUCUUCCAGAUUCCCAAGCACCCCAACCUCGACGUGGCGGCGCUGCAGAAAAAGUACCAUAACAUCCAGCGCCUCGUGCACCCCGACCAGCAGCAGGUGCAGGCGCGGGAACAGCACGCAGAGGGGGCCGAUGUGCCGCCCACGACCGCGGCAUCCCCACCGCCGUUCGCUUGCCUCUCCGGCGCAGCGAAGAGCAGCGUCGAUAUCUCCACGUACGCCAACGCUGCGUACGAGACGCUGCGGACGCCGUACUUGCGCUGCCGCUACCUCUCUCGCCUCGUGAAGGCGGAAGAAGUCAAAGGUGGCCCGCUCAGCGCAGCGGAGGAGGAGGAGCUGCUGGUCGAGGACGACCGACGCACCAUGAAGGCGCGUGAGGUGCGACCCGAUACCCCCAUGAGCGACGACUUCCUCAUGGAGAUGCUGUCUGUUAAUGAGUUGAUCUUUGCUGGCGACUCGUCAGACGAGGAUGUGCGCCGGCAGUGGUCUGUUCUGCACUUCGACCUCGAAGACCGCGCCGUUGGCUACUUCAAGGACGCCGUCAAGAGCUGGAAUGACGGCGAUAUGGGCGCCUUUCAUCACAUCGUGCAGGAGUGGACGUACGUGUCCACUGCGCUGGGCAAUCUGAAGGGGCGUAUGCUUGAGUAG